CUAUUAUAUUCGAGAUGUUUCUUAUGAUGUGAAUUAAAUGCCCUAGAUUGUGUCUUGGAAUUUGUUUAGAAUGGCCGAGGUAUCUGGAACGAAGCGGCAGCGUGGUAGUUACUCCAUUGAAUCCUUGGACAUUCGUGCUUUGGAUAUCUACUCUUUUUCGACCCUUGACUACGAUGUCGUUUCCCGGGAGAUUUAUGCUUAUUUGUAUCCAAACUGUUGUCCUCGUAGCGUCAAUCGUCUAAUGUCUCUUUACACUGGCACAACUGGGCAUUGUACUGCUAAAUGGAUGGAAGAGACCGUUGCCUUUAAAUGUUAUGAUUGUGAAGCUGACAGUACUUGUGCUAUAUGUCUUGAGUGCUUCUUUAGAUCUAAUCAUGAUGGUCAUCGAUUUCGUUUAACUCGCACAACUGGUGGUUGUUGUGACUGUGGUGACCCCGGUUCAUGGGCUGUUGGUGGAUCAUGUUCUAGUCACCGUUGGUCUUUGGACAUAGAGGAUGAGAAGCAGCUACUGGUUGUCUUUAACACUGACUUUUUAAUUAGGCUUCGCGAUACGUUUCGUCAGAUGAUUGAUUAUAUCAGCGAUUACGUCACGACAUACGAGAUUGCGCUGGAGCCAUUAGCAAGGUUACUUAUGUUGUUUCUUGACGAGUUGCUUAAGGUAACUCCAGCAUUUCGCUAUGUUUUUUAUGAGGAGAUGCCUAAGUCCACACUUAAGCUUUGGAUGGGUAGACAUCAGGUUCUGGAUCCUGAAAUUCGCAAGAGCUACAAUUCAUUUUACCUCACCAUGUUAACUUCUAUGGCAUUUAAGUCACUCUUUUCUAGUGUUUAUAUUGAACUAUACCCUGAGAUUGUUCAGCCUUACAAGGGUCCUGACGAAUGGCACUUGAAUCACUUAUCAGUACAGCUCUUUACAUAUCCUUAUAUCGCUACUAGCGCUGUCAGUACUGGUUUUAUCGAGUUGUGUAUAUCAUCUUUAACUGAUCACCAUGCUCGUGAUGCCCGUCUUGGUACUUUACAAUUUCCUCGCUAUGAGAGUGGUUUAUUUGGGCUCUAUUUGGUAGUUUUGAGUGACUUAUCAUACCUCAUGGCUCAUGAGGGUGUUGUUAAGCAGGUAUUCCAAUCAUCUGCUCUCUCUGGCGCCUUGUUUCGUUUAUUGGACCAUAUGCAUUUGAUGAACACGAUGGAAUUGCACACUGCGGAGCAUGUAUCUUAUGAGAAUUCCGGCUAUGGUAUUGCAUUUACUAGUGAGCAUACUCUUCACAGUGCUCUUCGUCAUUUUACUGAGUACUGUAAGCGUGACUCUAUAACCAGUGCAGAGUUCUAUCGUCAAUUGGAUUCUUACAUUUUAGGUCGUAUUUCUGCUUGGCAAUCCUCGCGUGAUAGGCUUUGUCGUACUUUUCACAUUCCAUUUGUUCGUUUUUUCGCUUCUGUUGUUGACUUCAACUACAUACGUCGUUUGUAUGUAUCUGCGGUCGAUCCUGCUACUUUAUCUUCUGACCCAGUGGUCACUAGCUUCAGUGACGCUGUGCUCCUGUACAUAAUUCGCACUGCUAUUUCCACGUUACGUUUUUCUCAAGAGGUGAAGCAAAACUACUGGGUAUACAACGGGGAGUCUAUGCAUGAGCAGAAUGAGCAUUAUCGUCAGGUUGUUUUGGUACAGUUGGAUAUUGCUGCUUUGCAGAUUGCCAUUUCAGUAUUAGGCCUUCGUCGUUCUGCUGGAUUGACUAAUAUCGACCCCUUAGGUGUGGUAUAUACUGAGGUUUUUGAACCCAAGGAGGGCCACGUCCCUGGCGAUGCUAUGUUUACAUGUCAGGUUUUCGUGCACAUACUUCAGGUAUUAAUCCAUGACGUGAAGCAUCUUGAGAAGUUAUGUGUUCCUCGUGAUAGCAUGAAUGCUGAAUACCUUCGUCGUGGCUAUCCCAUGUUGUUAAUGGACAUUGUAACUUCUUUGGGCACGGGCAAGGUUGUAUUUAAGGAGGUAGCUUCAUCCGUGGACACUUAUUGGCGUCACCACCCUCACAUUGUACGUGCUGUAGAGGCCGUCUCCACUAGCAACUACUCUGAGGUUGCUGGUAAGGCUUAUUUACGUCCUACUGCUGAAGUAUAUCGCAUGAUAGACAUUAGUUGGAGGCCGUAUGACACUAGUUAUGACUAUGUGAUUCCCGCUGAGCAGUGUCGCGGUUCGGUUGGUUUUCUAGGUUCUCGUCGUUCGGAUGGGUUGAUGCAACCUGAGUUUUAUGACAAUCAGGAUUCCAUCAUGUUAUCUCUUGGUGUCUCCAACUGUUUUAAUAUUGCUUUAGAAUUGAUUUGGUGCCUUUCAGGUCGUGAAAAAUUGCCGUCACCUGGAGAUAGUUCCAGUGUAUUAACUGAUUCGGUAGACCGUGAAAAUAUCAUUUCUAAGCCUCUUCGCUACUUUGGGGCGGUUAAUUGGUCGGAGACUUCAUUAGAUAAAUGGAACCGUGGUCUUAUGUUUGCGUUGAAAACUAUAUUAUUGGUUAUGGAUUCCAAGGACUUUGUAAGUCCUUCUGAUGCAACUGUGCUUGUUGAUCUUUUGGAGUCAGUACAUACUCGUGUUAGUGACGACCGUGUAAUGUCUGGCAUGUUACGUUAUGUAAUAUCCCGGAUGCGUGAGAAAUUUGAGAUAGACUUGAAAUCUGAGUCUAGUGUUCCUACCAAGUGUCGCAAGCAGGCUGUAAAGCAGUUACAGAGGCGUUACAUGUCAUUUAUAAUGUCUCAGCAGAAGAAGCUUCCUGUGGAUUCUGAGGAGUCACUGGUAGAUGAGGAUACUACUGCUGAUAUUGAGAGUUGCAUAUUAUGUAAGCAGGGCAUGGUCAAUGGCAAGUCUUUUGGCUUCAUGUGUUUCAUAUCUUCCAAUAGCAUAUUACGUCGUUGUGUGACGUCACUAGGAACGCAUUCCGUUUAUUCUCGGGUAGUCGUUCCAUUGCAGUCGUCCAUGAUCAGUUGUUGUGGCCAUGUUGUCCAUAUGCAUUGCAUUCGUGAGCACAACAACAGCACUAGGGAUUUACGUGACAUUCCAUCUGGCGUUCAGAAGCAAAAGGACGAAUUUUACUGUCCAAUUUGCAAAUCGUUAUGCAACUACGUUUUGGAGUACAUUCCAGAUAGUGUAAUGUCCGAUCGCGACUCUGAUACUGAUGACCUUUUAGAUAAGCUUCCUCCAGCUGCAUGGCGUCAUCCCUUUUAUGCCAAUUGGGUUCCAUCUCCCAUUCUUGCCAGGUACAACCCUAGUCCUCAUGUAGUAUACACCGCCAACAGUAAAUUGACCAACACGUACACCAAAAGUGAAUCGCAAGGUCGUAGUUAUUAUGAAGAUUUGGGCAUUACAGACCCUCAGGGUGCUACUCUAUCAUGUGCAAAGUGUCAGGGUAUUGAUCGGAGCACUAGGGAUCAACCUUCUUGCAAUAUUUUAUUCUACACUAAGCAAUCCAAGGAACAUGUUUUGGACAGGUCACUCUUCAUAAAUCAGUUUUCUGCUUGGUUAAAGCUGCAUCCUGAUAAGCUUGACCAUCUAGGCAAGAUUUUGGGCAUUGACUUAACAUUGAUUUAUGACAGUCAUGUGGUUAGUGAAUAUGCCCUUGUGGUUUUUGGUGGUCAGCGUUGUCUGUAUGGCAUUCAGAAUUGGCGUCAUGUUGAAUCUGGGAUUGAAGUUGACCCUAGGUUUUGGAUGCUUUACCACUAUUUAUUGGCUACGUCUACAUGUCGUAGGAAUCAGUUGACUGUCAGUCCAUCAUUGCUUCAGCACCUUGUGCGCAAUAUAUACAUUACUGGCCGUGGCGUUGCUGUAAAUGGACCCGUUAACUCCUUGGAUAAGAACUACUUUGACUUGGAUGUCGAGGAACUUGCUGUUCCGGACAUAACAAGUAUAUCUGAUGGUAGCAAAGUGGGUCUGCUGGACAUUUUGCUCCAGUCAUUUACGGACGACCAGGUUCGUCAGGUAUCUGAUACUUUGGGAUUUGAGUAUAAGGAUGGACAUGGAGUACCUAAUAAGCCUGGUGUAGGCACCAAUACAUUCCCAUUGGACCUCACAUGUAGCUGGUCCCGGGACCCUAUUAAACAAUUUUUGCUGUACUUUACAAAUCAACGCCCUGGGAAGGAUGACAGUUUACGUUACCUUGCUGUAUGUUUCGGCACUUUAUUAAUGCAAGUCCUAGAAUUCGUUAUUCUCAAGGACAUAAAGCGGUCAUUCCAGGCUUUUGUGGACGCAUGUGCCGAUAUAGAUUCUGCUAGUCAAGACCGUUGGGGCAAUUACAGCGUUCUUAAGUUUCGUCGGGAGUUUUUGGCUAAUUUGUAUGGUACCUAUCUUUUGGAGUACAUGGACAUUGCUGAAUUUCCUGUUGACCUGUUAUCUCGUGUUCAAUGGCUAGGGUUCAGUGAUCACGAGACUGAAUUCCGAUUAUACAACAUGGGUAAAGUUACUCCUGAUAUAGUGACAACUGGGAUACAGGAUAUAUACCGUGGAGAGUUUGAAGAUACCAGUCCAUCACCCGGAUCAUUAGAGCUUAAUUUAGCCCUUGGUAUGCAGCACUUCCACCAUGAAGUGGUUUCUUCUUUUACACAUCCAUUACCAGAUCGCCCGGAUGGCAGCAUGUCUCAACAGGUACGUGGUUACAUCCACGAUAUCGUCAAGACAUUGGUUGCCUUCCGUCGUGUUUACUACAUCAUUGACAACGGUGUUGAAGACGAUGAAUUCGACUCAAUUUUGAAAAUGUUAUCUAGUGACGUUUACGAGGAUUGUGUGAUAAAAACUGACGUGAUUGAGGACGAGUUGACAUCUAAGAUAGUUUUUGCCAAGGGCUGCUCGCCCAUUGUGCGUGAAUGCUCUAGUAGCACUAGUGAGCCUGAACGCCGCUACAUUGGCGUUGACUUUUUAAGGCGUAUGAACGAGGAGGGUUACCGUGGUCAUUGGAACGUUGCAUUUUUCGAGGUACUUCGUCACCUAGUUCCUUAUGAACGUCACCUUUUGGAUUUUACUGACUCUGAUUUAUCAUCUUGCUUCUUACAAUUAGUGAGCUCUGGGAGCGUAUUGGACUUUGCUCGUCAGGUUGCUAAUUGUGUUUACGACUCGGUACGCGUUAGGGGUUACCUUCACCGUGACUUUAAGCCUGACAUCGAUUCAUUUUUGGAUGAGUUGUUCCCUAGGGUUAACUUGUUACUAGACAUUGGUUUUUGGACGGUGUUCAACGUAUGGGACAUCGACGAAGAAGUUCGUACUAAGGUAUCCUACGCUCAUUUGCAUUCUGGCAAAGCACGUUACGACCUUUUAUCGGAGUGUACAAGUCUCAAUACAUAUUGCGAUCUUGUAGUGGACGAGUGUAUUCGUAUGGUAGGUGAAGACACUCGUAGCAAGCUUGCCAUGAUCCGUGCCACUGGUCACGAAACGUGUGCUCCUUUAGUGGCAGGAUACAACUAUGUGGAUUUUCAUCGCAACCUAUCUCCUGAUGCAUGGUCCCUUAUUGAACGUACGUCACUUCGGUCAUGUGCUAAUUGCGGUUUACCUCCGGCAAUUCCACUGGUCUGUCUUCUUUGUGGCAGUACGAUAUGUUACCUGAGUCAAUGUUGUCAACGUAGCAGGCAGCCAGGGAUUCUAGGCCCCUUGAAACAUAUAGGUGGCAGGAGCACAAAGUUCCACCCUGGUUUAUUAUCGUCCAUAUACUUGCGCGAGUUCGAGGCUCACACUCGUGUUUGUGGCGGCGGUCAAUGUAUCUUUAUCGCUCCGUACUACUGCUUCCUUCUUUUGGUGGACAAGGGUCGUAAGUGCAUGGUGCCCAGUUUGUAUUCUGACCGUUAUGGUAACAAGGAUUUGCACCUCAACGUAUUUGGUCCCGUGCUUCUGUCUCAAACUAGGCUAACACACUUGAUCAACGCUUACAGCCAGGGUCGUAUAGGUCACGAGAUAAUAAACCGCCAAAAGGUGACUUCUCAUCACUAAUGUAUGAGCUAUAUUAUAAUGUGUGUAGCUGUCUUCCAGAUUACUUUGCC